AUGGAAGUUUUCCGAUCCGAGGGUCUCAGCGCGGUAGCCCGUCCGUCUACAGGUCUUCGAGGAAUGGAAGUGAUCUCCGGUAGUUAUCUAAUCGCCAAGGGCCUGCCAAAAAAUCAUGUUAAUAUCCCGUUCACUACGUGGGAGGGCAUAGGGGACAGUAUGAUCACUGUCUUUGAUACUUUGAACGAAAAUGGCGGCCAAGGGAAUCAGUACAUCCUCAUCCGUGAUAUCCCAAGCGAGACAAUUACUCGUUUAAUCAACAACCGGCGUUCCCUAGAAUCGGUUCCUUUUCGUUUGCAGGUUGAUGGUAACACGGUCUUGAUCAAAGUUGUCCCGGGUUAUAAUUACGAUUUCUGCACGAUGCAUGUGUCUAAUGUUUUGGUUGGCAAACUUGUGCUUAUGGGUGUCUCCACAUUCGAGGCAGCAUGGGGCGGAUCGACCUAUUUCAAGCGGCCGGAGGGCAUCAAAGGGAAGGAAAGCGAUAACGUUCUUUGCCCCGGCCCUCGGAGGCCCUUUGGCGGCCCACCCGGAUGGCCGACACUGGUAAUCGAGACAGGUAAUACUGAGUCCCGUCAGCGUCUGAAACAGGACGUGCUCACAUGGUUUGGAGAAUCACGCGGGGAAGUACGGAUUAUCAUAACCAUCAAGAUCCUCACAAACGCGGUCGAGUUCCGAAAAUGGAUAUUAUUGCCGCCAAAUGCCCCGAACCCACCCCCUCGAGCUUAUAUGCUCAGCAUUAGACAGCAGGUUCCUCACGUGCCGCCAUUGGUUCAGCAGCCGGCGGCUUCUCAGCAGGCUGUCUCAGUGCAAGAGGUUACCGUUCUCCCUGUCCUGGUGGUCAGCCAGGUCGCGGCCGGUCGCCGGGAGUCGCCGGGCGACUCGGGUGCUAUCUCAAGCGCACCAGGAAGCUCGCGCGACGGCGCCGGCGAUCGCCAGGGUCGCCGUUUAGAGGCACCCACCCGCCUAUUGACUGCACACAAGCCACACGCCGGCAGUAUCGAUGGUGGUGUACGCGGGGUGAUCUCUGCGCGGAUUCUGCAGAUACUGGAAGAACAAAUUGGUUUAGGCCUACCAUUACUCCACUUCUUCGACGUCAUUAUUGGGACGAGCUCAGGAGGUAUCAUCUCCCUCGCAUUGGGUGCGAAUCUGUGGUUGGCUCGAAGGAGUCUAGAGGCCUUCAAGAAACUGCCCAAAGAAUCUUUCAAAAAGCACAUUUCCAGUAAAAUACCUGUUCUCGGGUAUUUCCUCAGUCAAAUGUCGGACAGCUACUAUGAUGCAUCUGUCUUCGAAAAAGCACUGCAAAAUGCGUUUGAUCCCACUGAUACUGAGCCCCGGUUCCUCUUUAGUGAACCCUUUAAAGGCGCAAGGGAAGUUCGUGGCUCUGAGACUACCAUGAGAGAUCUGAAGGACGGAGGAAUGAACCACAAUAAUCCGGUCGAACUAGCCGUAAAGGAAGCGCCGUCUCUGUGGGCCGGGGGACCCAAGGUGGAUAUUGCGCUGAGCAUCGGAACAGGCUCCGCCGAAGGACGCAUCGCCGAAAAGAAUCCAGUAUCCCACAAGCUCGACGCCGAUCUUCUAUGGCAAACGUACUACGCGACCCUCGACGACGAUGCCUGGAGCCGCCAUCAUAGGCUGGAUAUGAAGUUGUCAGGCACUCUGCCCUUUAUGGCGGAUACCGGCGUAGUGGAUAGAAUGGACGAUGAAGCCACACGCUUCUUUCAUGGUCCAAUCGGUCAGCUGCAGCUGCGGGGUGUGGCAGAGGCAUUGCUUGCAUCGCUUUUCUAUAUCUGUGUCGACUAUUCCACAAAGCCGCCGCUCCCAGACGACACCGAGUUUGUAUUUCGAGCGCAAAUACUAUGUCGGUUGGAGCAGCGUUACCAGCAUGCGCUCCUGGGUUGCCUUCGAGGUUUGGCCUGCCGCUUCCUCGUUCAUGGAAGGGUAGUCGGCAUUAACUUUGAGGAUCAUACAUACGAGGAAGGGAAAUCGUUCCGGCAGGAUAUUCAGUGGCAGGGGGUAAUGCUAACCUAUCUUCUUAUCUUUCAACAUCCAGAUGACUGCGGCCUGGUAGAUAGCUCAAGGGUGAAGUUAGGGCAUGGCGACCAUUCCGGUGGGUCCAUUCGGCUGCUACGGUCAGAAAGCACUCCUUCAUUCGGGCUAAGAUCCGUUACUGCCCGGUUCUGCUGCGAUACAGUAUAUGAUAACCGCCGCUUCUCUGAAUGGUGUCGAUUCUAUCUUCACAUAAAAAAGUUCGGAUCUACGAAGGAGCCAAUCAUAUCCCCGACACAGGCCGUAGCGGCCGAUACUGACUGUGGAGCUCAAUCGGGAGACCGAUGGCCCUCACCCAUCCAGAGGCCAUGUUGUGAGGACAUGAAGUUGGCUGUCUAUGAUGCCAUGAAGGGGGUUCUACGUACCUUUCGCCAGCUGGCCGAAGCGUUCUCGAGAAAACGUGAGGAAUACAGAUCGGUUCUUCGUCUCGGGAGGACCUGCCUUCAAGAUGCGCAGCCUAUGACCCUUGGUCAGGCGUUUGGAGGCUACGGGGCGGUCGUCCGACGACAUGCAGAGCAGCUCGAGACAAUUCGCGAGCAGUUUCUGACAGUUCCCUUAGGAGGGACAGCCAUUGGGACUGGGUUUGGGUCACAGCCAGGGUACAAAGCCGCAGUAUUCCGGCAUAUGCCAGCAUUAUUCAACGCAAAGAUACAACCAACUAGUGACGCGUUCGACGGCAUGCAAAACAUGGACACGUGUGCACGUUUUUCAGGGGAGUUGCGCAAUACUGCAAACUCUCUGUGGAAGAUCACCAACGAUUUGAUCAUACUGUCGUCCGGUCCUAAUGGCGGGAUCAACGAGAUCACACUACCGUCAGUCCAGGCCGGAUCCUCCAUCAUGCCGGGGAAGGUGAACCCGGUCAUUCCUAUCGCGGUGUGUCAAGUGGCCCUUGCUAUUUCCGGUAGCGACACCGCCUACUCUUGGUUAUGCGCAAGUUUCGACCAUCAGACUUUGGCCGUACGCUUCGGUCUCCAGAUUAUUAGCUUGCACGAUGGUAUCCGCAAAGAAGCCGUACUUCGGGCUGACCGGAGGAUGGCUUACAUUUUGGUUGACGGCGGCGUUGUCGUGACACAGGACUUUCUCGAACUCCAUGAUCUGGUCGGCCCCACUAAAACAAAGACACUUUCGACGGUCACCGCCAUCUAUGACGUUGGCUGCUUUCUCGGUGCCAUUCUGGCAUUUACCGUCGGGGACCGCUUGGGCCGAAAGAAAUGCAUUUUGCUGGGGACCGCCAUCAUGGCCAUCGGCACUAUUCUUCAGGUAUCCUCGUACAGUUUGGCGCAAAUGUUUGUGGGUCGGGUUGUGCUGGGGAUUGGCAACGGCAUAAAUACAGCAACAGCGCCCAUCUGGCAGACCGAAACAGCGCAGGCGAAAUGGAAAGGAAAAUUGGUUAUCUUUGAACUCGGGCUGAAUGUUGGCGGCUAUUGCAUCGUCAAUUGGAUCAAUUACGGCCUAUCCUUCCACGAAGGAGCCAUCGCGUGGCGUUUGCCGAUUGCCCUGCAAUUCUUCUUUAUAUUCGUGCUGUUCUUUACCAUCCCCUGGCUUCCUGAGUCUCCUAGGUGGCUGAUUUCUCAUGAUCGCAAGAACGAGGCACUUCAAGUACUCGCAUGCAUUGAGGCCAAGGCUGUCGACGACCCAUAUAUCACCACUCAGCAUGACGAGAUAAAAUUCAGUAUCCAGUAUGAGCGGGAAGAAGCUGUUCGGUGGCGCGAUCUUCUGCGGGGAACCAAGUCUGACGGUACCAAGACCCUCCGAAGAUUGCUUCUCGGGGCUGGGACACAAGCGAUGCAGCAAUUCCAAGGAAUCAAUAUCAUGAGUUAUUACCUCCCCCUGGUCCUCAUCAACUCGGUUGGGCUCUCGAAUAGCAUGUCCCGGCUACUGACAGCCUGCAAUGCAACAUCCUACUUCUUCUUCUCAUGCAUGGCCGUCACCAUGGUGGAACGAUUCGGCCGUCGAGGAUUGAUGAUGCUGUCUGGCUUCGGCCAGUUUGUUUCGUUCUUGGUUAUUACCAUUCUCCUUAGCCUUGCCGAAAAGGAUCGAGUAUAUGCCACUGCAUCGGUCGCCUUCUUCUUCUUGUACCAUGUGGCAUUUGGAAUCGGCAUGCUGGGCGUGCCCUGGUUGUAUCCGACUGAGAUCAACUCGUUGUCAAUGAGGACUAAGGGAGCGGCAGUCUCGACGGCGACAAACUGGAUCACGAAUUUCGCUAUCGUGGAAAUCACACCCAUUGGAAUUCAAAACAUAGGAUGGAGAUUCUGGAUCGUGUGGACUAUUAUGAACGCGGUGUUUCUGCCGACAAUUUACUUCUUGUAUCCUGAGACAGCAAACCGGACGUUGGAAGACAUUGACGCUUAUUAUCGUACGAAUCCGCCACUGAUUGUGGUCAGUGAUUCGGAUGCUGUUUCGACAAAACGCCCACUCCGGUUUAUCGAGCAUGAAGACGCAGAGGUGCAGCGGAACGCAAAGCAGACUCAAUGCGUGGUUCCUUCCAAGGCCCGGGAUUCGCCCAGCGCGGAGCAUGUAGAUUAG